UGUUUCCUGUUCCCGGCAUCCUCCGCGCGGCCAGUUUUUUUCCCCUUCUUACCUACUCCUGGCUGUGUCGGUAAGAUGGCGACAGUGAGCCUGCGACAAGGAGAUUUGGUGUGAUCUUCUUUUGAGCAGUAACAUCCUUAUGCCUUUAGGGUGAGUACCGGCUUUGCACACUGUUCAGGAGUGAAUUUGGUCUAUUCUUCCAUAUGGAUUCUCUCCAGGACAGUCAGGGGCAAACUUGGACGCUACCCACCAUGGCCUGGGAAGAUCGUCAACCCUCCUAAAGAUUUAAAGAAGCCACGUGGGAAGAAGUCUUUGUUUGUUAAAUUCUUUGGAACAGAAGAUCAUGCCUGGAUCAAAGUGGAGCAGUUGAAGCCAUACCAUGCCCACAAGGAGGAGAUGAUCAAGGCUAACAAGGGUAAGCGGUUCCAGCAGGCAGUGGAUGCAGUGGAGGAGUUCCUGAAGAAAGCCAAAGCAAAAGAACUUGCAAAAGAACAUAACUCCAGUGAUGAGAAAGGCAAAAAAGCCAAGAAACAGACUGGUGAAAAGAGGAAGAAAUCCUCAGACUCUUCUUCCCAUUCCCCUCAGAAAAGGUCCCGUGAACAGAGCCCACGCAAACGAGGAAGGCCUCCCAAGGACGAUAAGGACUCUCCCAGCCCCCAGCCAAGCUCACUGAAGAAACUUGCAAUGAAAACAGUAUCCCGAUUCAGCUGGCCCCCACCUUCCAGUGAGCGUACCAAGGAUGAUCCUCAUUUCCAUCACUUCCUGCUCAGCCAGACCGAGAAGGAAGACCUUGGAAGUGACAGCUGGCUGAUUCAUGGUCAUAGAACACUUGGCACUGAGAUGAUACUAAAAAAGCCUAGUGUAACAUACCAAGCAAUAACCAAGCGGCUGAAAAUAUCUGAAGAGGAUAGUGGCUCAACGUCGAUUCAAGCAGCAGACAGCACGGCCAUUAAUGGCAGCAUCAUACCUACAGACAAAAAAGUUGGCUUUCUCGGCUUGGGGUUAAUGGGCAGCGGCAUUGUCUCAAACCUGCUCAAGAUGGGACACUCGGUGACCGUGUGGAACAGAACUGCAGAGAAGAAAACUACUGGAGGAAUUCACAGUGAAUUGUGGGAUGAGGAUGAAAGCACAAAGUGCGACUUAUUCAUCCAGGAGGGAGCCCUUAUGGGAAGAACACCCGCUGAAGUGGUCUCUACCUGUGACAUCACAUUUGCCUGUGUGGCAGAUCCUAAAGCUGCAAAAGAUCUGGUGUUGGGGCCCAGUGGGGUGCUACAGGGAAUCCGUCCGGGGAAAUGCUACGUGGACAUGUCUACUGUGGAUCCAGAAACUGUCACUGAACUCGCUCAGGUGAUUGUGUCUCGAGGUGGGCGCUUCCUGGAGGCCCCCGUGUCUGGUAACCAGCAGCUGUCCAACGAUGGGAUGUUGGUGAUCCUUGCAGCUGGAGAUCAAGGGGUCUAUGAAGAUUGCAUGAGCUGUUUCCUAGCCAUGGGCAAAACCUCCUUCUUUCUUGGGGAAGUGGGGAAUGCUGCCAGGAUGAUGCUGAUCCUUAACAUGGUGCAGGGCAGUUUUAUGGCUACUAUAGCGGAAGGAAUGACUCUGGCACAAGUCACAGGGCAGUCCCAACAGACCCUGCUGGAUAUCCUCAAUCAGGGCCAGCUUGCCAGCAUUUUCCUGGACCAAAAGUGCCAAAACAUCCUGCAGGGGAAUUUCAAGCCUGACUUUUACCUAAAGUACAUCCAGAAGGACCUGAGGUUAGCCAUUGCUCUCGGAGAUUCUGUUAACCACCCAACUCCCAUGGCGGCUGCAGCAAAUGAGGUCUACAAGAGGGCAAAAGCGUUGGACCAAUCGGAUAAUGAUAUGUCUGCCGUGUACAGGGCCUACAUCCACUAGGUCCCAUUGUCAUCAUAUAUGGAUUCAUUAUUAUUUGGUUUUUAAAACACCAGUCAGACCCCAUCUCUUGGCUCAUUUUUCUUCACCCUUUUUAAUUUUUUUUUCUGUGUGUGUGUGUUCCUACCUUGUGCAUCAUUGCUCAAGUCCUUGUGAAUUCUCAGCGCGUCGGCUUCUUUUCAGAGAGGAAGUGGGCUCUGGGUUCCAUCCAGCUUUGUAUUAAAUGCAACUGUUUUAUAGAGAGCUUCUGUCAUCACCCACCAUCCACUUCUCAUCCGCAACUUUGGACCAUCUCUAGCUUGGCCUGAGACCUUCUAUUUGAAGCUGUCCCCAGUGCAUGUUCAUCCUGAGGCUUCUAAACUUCUUCUUCAUGAUUCAAGGACAUAUGAACAUUGGCUUGUGUACUCCAGCAACUCUGGUUUUAACAAGAACGUGUGUCCUUCGGAUGACUACUUUCUUAGAAGAUUCCUUUCCUAGUGGUACAGCGCACAAGAAGUUUCUUUGUUUUUCUUCCUUAUCGUUCAGUCAACCCCCCCCCCCCACCUAUCACAGUGCCGAUGCGGCUUCUUCUGAUCACCUGCCUAAAUGUAAUGUUGUCCUAUUUGUCCUUGGGUAGCUUCAGUAGACCCAAUGACAGCAGAAUAUAUGGUGAGGAUUAGUAGGGGGUUCUCCUCUACCUUUACUCCAGGUUUGU